GAGCAAGAUGCCGUCUUCGAGUGUCAGUGUCCUCUCCAUGGGGAUAUGGUCCAAUGUCUAUUCAUGCCUAGGGUUUUCAGAUAUUUGUACGCGCAAGCUCGUUCUAUUGACCUCCCAUAGAAGGCGUCGGACUUGUUCCCUGCUUCCCAGCCACCGAAUUAUUACCAGACACCAUAAUUGGACGACGUCGCGGCUCGUCCUGGCCCUAACUGCUUCGCAUCUUGCGGGCAAAUCAUCGUUGCGAUAAGCCAUGCGCUUUUGACGUGCUUUACCAAACAUACUUUCCCAGAAACUUGCUGGAACUUGCAUGUGGCGCUCGGCAAAGCACGGCACCUGGUCUGUGACGGCGGGGUUUGCUAAUCUUGGAAUCCACCUGCUUGACCUUGCACGGGAAAAGAGCGGUACGUUCUGCAGGGAGGUUCGAUUUCUGGAUCUUGGAAAAAGCUGGAACUCUCGCUGCUGAGAUCCCGUACCCGGAGCCAGUACGUGGAUCUCGCUUUGUGAAGCUGAUGGAGCUCCAUCUCGCAGCAGACAAUGCUGCAUGUUUGGGACAAGCUGAGGCUUUACCAAAUGAAUGAUUGAUCUCACCACCGAUCUAUUGGACUUGCGGCUGUCGAGCCGACCGACUACUGACGUUAAUCCUUACAUCCAACUGACGCUCAUGCUACUAGUGGUUCUGUGGGCAGCUUUCGAGGUGUCAUGUCCUCUCGAUAGGGCUGUACACCAUUGCUCAAGCUCCUUCAGCUAUCCUUACUCGUCUGCCAAUGCGAUACUAAUCUACAGCUAACUUCUCUCACAUCUCGUCCUUUGCUAUCGAUUCACAAUCACUGCCGCUUCUCCUUUCCUUCCCCGGUCCCUCUUCUUUCAUCUAGACCCUACCGCAGACUGUCUGUCACUGAGCCCACCUUGCCCCCGGACAAUUCCGAUUCUGGUCAGCCUGCUCUAAGUACGACACACUAACAGGCUUUCUUCCCGGGUGGGACCUUUGAUGCAAAGGCAAGUCCGACGAUGAUGGUCGCCUUCGAAACUAUCUGCGUCUUUUUUCUCAGCCUCAUCGGACAUGGCUUCACCUCAAACGAAGGCUACUGGACCCCUGAACCGACAACAACAACAGCAUGGUGGACCCCAACAACCACAUCAUACUGGUCAUACUGGACCCCGACGACAACCUACACGACAUGCUACACGCAACAGAACGUUGUGGUCACCGUGACAUCCGUGAUUCCUUGUCCCGUCACCUCGACCGUCGUCUACUGGGAAUGUUGCGACCAGUGCGCCAACAACUGUAACUAUCCGCCAACCACGACAUGGGACGGUGGCAACGGCAUCGGCACGACGACCGUGACAUCCUACACGACCACGACUCCAUCGCCUACGAGCAACGGCGGUGGUGGCCUGCAGACCAUCACAAGUGAUGGGCUGGUCAUCAUCGUCGUGGGCUCGUCCACCACUCCGACGGUCAACACUCCAGCACAAACAGCCAGCGUUGUGUAUCAAGUUGUCAACGAUGCCACGGAUGGGAAUUCGAGUUCAAAACUGUGGUCUCUCGGCAUGCUGCUGGCUGUCAUUGCUACGAUCAUGAUCUUAUUAUAAUGAUCUCGGCCUCAAAAGGACCUAUUUCACGACGGGCAACGCCGAGGACGGUGUACUGUCCAGCUUGGCUUGCAGUUUGGCUUCAAGUUCUUGACUCCCUGGCUGGAUUCACCACUACCAUCGCCAUUUCCGAAAUUGCAUGUGAAAAGGAUCUGAAUAACAAAAAACAAGUUAACUCGGCAUACUCAUCUUCGUUUCUACUGCAUAAGAUCAACAGGCAUAACCUGUGUGGGCAUGUGCGAGGCGGGCAUUUUGCAGUCGGGGUGGAAUUCUGAUAUCAUGUCGGUCCCCAUUAAUGUGUCACGAAAUCGAUUACUCUGAAUGGUGCGUUUGCCGGUUUACUUUGGAUCCUCAGCGAAAGGAUACGACAGAUAUGAUAUACUACGAUUACUGCCUCGGGGCUCAGGUGUUCAAUCUGACUAACACGCAAGAGGAUGAGAGAGAGGUGGAGGCUCCCUUGGAGCUAGCGAGAAAGAAUCCUGGACGCAGCAAACCCUUGGUGAUUUGGACGAAGCCCUCUGCGUGGUUCAGUAUAUAUACCUAAGGUAAUGAUUAAUGAUAAUGACUGCCAGUGACCAGAAAGCCG